AUGUUUCAUUUUAUCUUAUGGUACAGCCAGAAUGAAUCACAUGAUGUCAGUCGAUGGGUUACUAAUGUACCUGACGUCUCCUGAGGGAUCCAUCUUCAAUCCAGAGCGGCAGGACCUUUUCCAGGACAUGAGCCAACCUCUCGCCCACUAUUACAUCUCCUCAUCACAUAACACUUAUCUGAUGGAGGACCAGCUAAAAGGACCAAGCAGCGUUGAGGCCUACAUCCAGGCACUGAAACGAGGCUGCAGGUGUGUAGAGGUGGACUGCUGGAAUGGAUCGAAUGGGGAGCCGGUAGUUUAUCAUGGACACACACUGACAUCUAAGAUUCUCCUCAAAGAUGUGAUUACUACUAUAGCAAAUUAUGCCUUCAAGGCAUCUGAGUAUCCACUCAUUGUGUCCAUUGAAAACCACUGCAGCAUAGAGCAACAGGAAGUCAUGGCUCGAUAUUUCAGAGACAUUCUGGGUGAUAUGCUACUCACGAACACAGUAGAUGGAGUCUCCAGCGAACUGCCAUCCCCAGAGGCACUUAAGAGGAAAAUCUUGUUAAAAGGGAAGAAGAUUGAAAACGAGUCAGAGAACCCCACAGGUGAAGUCAGCGAUGAGGACGAGGCAGCAGAAAUUAAUAAGGACAGUCCGCCAACAAAUGGCAAGAAAUCGAAGCAAAAUCUAUGCAAGGAGCUCUCAGACCUAAUGUUCUGUAAGAGUGUACAUUUCCACAGCUUUGAGCAUUCCCGCACCUCUGCUAAGCCUAAUGAGAUGUCAUCGUUCUCUGAGUCUAAAGCCCGUAAAUAUUCAAAAGAAGCAGGUUCAGAUUUUGUGCUGCAUAACACCAGGCAGCUGACAAGAGUGUAUCCAAGUGGAAUGAGGACGGAUUCAUCAAAUUACUGUCCAGUAGACAUGUGGAACAUGGGAUGCCAGAUUGUGGCAUUAAACUUCCAGUCAGCAGAGAUGGAAAUGGAUCUUAAUGAUGGGUUGUUUACUCAGAAUGGCUGCAGUGGCUACAUCCUAAAACCUGAGAUCCUUUGCAAAAGAGAGAGACUCUUUGAUCCCGAAAAUCCUGAGGAAUGUGAUUAUUACCACCCUCUACUGUUCUAUGUUAAGGUUAUUAGUGGACAACAGCUCCCUAAAGUAAAGCAAAAAGAAUGGUCCAUUGUAGACCCCCUGGUAAGGGUGGAAAUUUAUGGCGUUCCUUUGGAUCGAGCCAAACAGGAGACCAAAUACAUUGACAACAAUGGAUUCAACCCACACUGGAAUGAAUCAUUGCAGUUCACAAUCCACACCCCUGAGCUGGCACUAGUGCGUUUUGUAGUUGAAGAUUAUGAUAAAGCAUCAAGGAAUGACUUCAUAGGGCAAUACACUAUACCUUUUACCAAUAUUCAACCAG